GGUUGUUCGUGUCGUCAUCGGGCUUCUUCCAUUCAUUACUUCGCUUGACUGAUUGUAAUUUUGUGCCAAAAUAAAUAAUAGAGGCUUACUGCGGUCACAAACGUUCCCGUUAUAUGCAUUAUAGUUUUACAACUUUCUACCGGUACUCGCAAAUUAAUUGCAGCGUGUAGCGAGUCAAGUUCACGGCAGCAUAGUCGGUCGGCAGUGAGCUGAGCACGCGGGAACGCCUGAAUCGAUUUUCACCGCUAAAUAGCGCGCUUCUCUCGCAGAGAGAACUGACCCAACUCGGCGCUCAGCGGCGUCGGCGAGGAUCAUCGAAGUUCAAGUCAUCGUUGCCAGUUACAGUCAGCAGCUGCCCGGACUCGCAGAAUGUACCUGUUGACUCGACGGAGACUGUUCAAGAGUGUUGUUUGAGUGCAUCUCGUUCGUUCCUAACUCCAUUCAUAGGACAAAGGAAACGUUUAAGGUGGAAUUAAGAAUAUGAAAAGCCAUGCUACAGUUUGGUGAAAUCGUCUGUAGGGGGAAAAUACAAGCAACAACAGAAGCAAAUCAGUGAUAUAACAGCUUUCGGUGAACAAAGGUAUUCGAUCGCGAGAUCAAGUGCAUAGAAGAAAUCGAGUUGUUUUUGAAAAUAUCGCAUCUAAAACAGUACAUAGUCUCCUCCCACAUACCACAUUGACGUAAGGAAAGUGCGAAUAGUAGAUUUGAUUUUGAUUUGUCGAAAUUCCGCCGCGCGAAAGUACAGUCUUGUGCAAAUAGUUUGGGUAACAGCUGGGCCAAGACGCCGAUCAAAACAACGCGAGCGAGUUUGAAGUGAAACAAAAGACGUCGUGGUACCGUCGAGGAAGCUUCGGUGCGUGGAUAGUAUCGUUAUAGCUACACACGGUGACGAUGGCGCUGAUUGAUAUCGAUCUGAUCACUAGCACGCUGUUCAAGACGCUGGUGAUUCCCGGAAUUGUAACAACUCUUUGGCUAUCGGAUUUAAUCGGUUUAACGACGUGCAAGAUCUGCAUCCUGGUGUUUGUGAUCAUUUUCAUCGUGCUGCCAUUGAUAUUUAAAUUCUCGUUUGCCCUGCAGAAAAACAUCCUAUUCCUCACAUUCAUUUCCUACCCGCCGAAUGUUGAUCUCAAACGACCGGAGAAAAGCGGUUUGUACGCGACGCGAAAUUUCAUCGUCACUUAUCGGGACCAGGAAGACGACGUCGAUGUGGGUGUUGCGGUAUGGCACGUGCUUCCCAAUGAUCUGGUGCGGCGUUUCUGGAAGGAACUGCAAAUUAACGAGCCUACUCUAUCUAACAUGACAGCACCGGAGGAUGUGCGGGACAAAGUGGACGCAUUAGUUAGCGAAGAUACCACACAGUAUCGUGGAAUCGAGCGGAUUUUGCACCGCUCAAACCUGAACUUGGACGAUGAAUCCACCCAGAAGGAUUUGUUUGAGGAGACUCUCCGAGCCACCACCAAUGAUAUCGUGCUGUACCUACAUGGAAAUACUGCCUCAAGGGGGGCAUCCCACCGGGUGGAGCUGUACAAGUUGCUGCGAAGUCUCAAUUACCACGUGGUGACCCUGGACUACCGAGGAUACGGGGAUUCGGCCAGCAUUUCCCCAACCGAGCGGGGCGUCGUGUACGACGCCUUGGCCGUGUAUCAGUAUAUAACCAGUAUUAGUAAAAAUCCAAUUUACCUGUGGGGCCAUUCGCUGGGGACGGGGGUGGCUACGCAUUUGCUAUCGCUUUUGACGGACAUGAGCUUGCCGGGCCCAAAAGCGGUGGUGCUAGAAAGCCCUUUCAAUAACAUUCGGGAGGAGAUUUGUGCUCAUCCGUUUUCUAAGUUGUAUCGGCAUCUUCCAUGGUUCGACUACACAAUAUCACGUCCAAUGUAUGCCAAUGAACUGCGUUUUGAGUCCGAUCAACACAUCGCAGAAUUUAGACAGCCGGUGUUGAUUUUGCAUGCUGAGGAUGAUCAUGUUGUUCCGUUCAAUUUAGGUUAUAAGCUCUACCGCACCGCCCUAGACACCCGUGGCAAAUCGUGGGGCCCCAUCGAGUUCCACCGAUUCGAGAAGACCAGCCACUACGGCCAUCGGUACAUCUGCCGGGCACCGAACCUGCCGGAAAUCGUAAUCCGUUUCUUCCGCACGUACCGCAACGAGCAGUACUGAGCAGCGUUGCAGACUGAGGUGAGUUCCAAACCGAGCGCCAAAUACCAAACAUCGAUUAGUUGGACGCGUGUUCGGUUCCCCAUAGGGGAGAGAAUGAACGCGGUUGUGAUUAAUUUUGUUAAAAUGAUAACAAUAACUAUGAUAAUUAGUAGAGUUACUAAGAGACUAUUAGAUGCCUGCGUCAUUUUUGCUCUAUAAUAGGAGCGCAGUAGUGAGUCAGGGCUAUUUUCCUGAUUUCAAACUGAUUUCAGAUAGAAUAUACCUUUUACAAUAGGAACGCCAAGCAAAGAGAAUUGUAUUAGUGAUUUAGUGGAUUGAACUACUCUCAAUGUAUGUGAAUUAGAAUUUAGUUACCUAAUUGGAGAUCCAUAAUUUAUGAAACAUAGCAACAGUGAAACACAAAUCUAGAUAGGAUUUUUUGCAUGAUAUCCGUACCAAUAUUGCAAGCAAUUUGCCUCUGGAGAGUAGAAAAUACAAUUUUACAUAGAGUACAACUACAUUCAAGAGAAA